AUGGCUAUAAUUAGGCGAUACCGUCUGCCAAGAAGACAAAUAGCCCAACUGCUAAAUAGCAUUGGACCUCAGCUGAUGCGUGCAACCAGGAGAAAUUUUGCCUUGUCCCCUGAAGUCCAACUCCUAUCAGCCUUGAGAUUCUAUGCAACAGGCAGUUUUCUCCAGGUACUUGUUGAUGGGCUUGGACUAAGUAAGUCAUCAGUUUCAAGAGCUGUUCAAGCGGUCACCAAUGCAUUACUUCCACUUGCUGCGGAACACAUUAAAUUUCCAGCAUCAAGACAGGACAUCACAGAAAUACAACAGUAUUUUUUAACACAUCAUCACAUCUCACAGGUCAUUGGAGUGAUCGAUGGUCCCUUGAUCCCGAUCCUUACACCAUCUGUGGAUGGCCAUGUAUAUAUAUGCCGAAAAGGCUAUGCAGCUAUCAACUGCCAGGUGAUCUGUGACCAUAAGGGUUUGAUCACAGACAUUGUGGCAAGGUGGCCCGGAAGCACACACGACUCCUUCAUAUUCACCAAUUCAUCUGUGGGUCAGGAGGCACAAAACUCACAGGGACAGUGGAGGCUGCUUGGGGACAGUGGUUACCCUCUGAGGCCAUAUCUCUUCACAUCUGUGGCUAAUCCUAUGAAUAACAGGGAGACAAAUUUCAACGAGUCACACCGUGUUGCACGUAGUAUUGUGGAACGCACAAUAGGGAGGUGGAAGAUGCGCUUUCGGGCAAUUCACCAGUCCAGCGGUGGUCUUUUGUUUGCUCCACAAAAGUGCUGUCCAGUAAUAAUAGUAACAGCUAUGCUGCACAACAUUGCAGUGCAGAUGAGAGUGCCCUUACUAAACAGGGAGGAAGAUGAAGAGGUGGAGGAGAUGGAGGAGGUGUAG